AACAGUGAGCGCAUGCAUGUUUCAUGAAAGUUGAUUACGCUUCUCGGAAGCAAGGUCUUGCUUUCCCGGGACGCUCCGGCUAAUAAAGUCCACAAAGACGGACGUUUAUUUGUAUUCAGCGAGUGUUAAAACACAUUUCCCAUCGGAGCCCGUGUUCCGAUAGCUCGUCUGGAACCGGGACCCUUUAAGACUAUCAGAAAACGUCAAAACGAGCGUCGGGCGAAGGGCCUUUCGAAUGACUGCGAGUUCUUUUGAGACUUGCACACAAUUUCUUGUUCAUUAUAUUUUGAAUGUAACUAUUGAUUGGACGGGAAGCGCUUGGAUGGUUCUCUUUGCAUCGCGUAUUUCAGGAGAAUGGGACAUGAGCUGUAACAGAUAGAUAAUGACCCGUUGUAGAAAGAUCAUCUCGGCAAUCUCAAGGAAGAAAACUGUAGACAACAAACGUCUACUGGAGACCAAUCUGAAAAGACAGCUUAGUAUCCCGGAUGUACUCGGCAUAGGUUUCGGGAGUUCGAUUGGUUUGGGGGUGUUCGUGCUGAUUACGUAUGUUGCGCGCUAUGUGGCGGGACCUGCGGUGGUGCUCUCUGCCCUGAUCGCCACCGCCACAGCGGCCCUGUCAGCUCUGUGUUUCACCGAGUUCUCGAUGCGACUCCCCAAGGCCGGGUCAGUCUACUUUUAUUCCUACGCAACUAUCGGGGAGCUGUGUGGGUUCAUCGUGGGAUGGACUAUGAUUCUGGAGCAUACCAUCGGGGUGGCCAUAGCAGCCAAGGCGUGGAGCCAGUACCUGGGUCACAUCUCCAAUAAUUCUCUGCCAAACUUGAUGAAUGCGUCAUUUCAUUGGUCAGAUGGGGAGUACUUUGACGAAUCGCCUGAUCUCAUUGCUGUAGUCGUACUAAUUAUAUCAACUACCACGUUGCUUAUUGGUACAAAGGUGUCCACUGUUCUAAAUUGUGUGCUUUGUAUUAUGGGAGGAGUAAUUGUAUUCUGCAUCAUCUGUGUGGGUUUCUUUCAUGUCAAUCAUGAGAACUGGACCGGCGAUGAAAGCUUCUUUAAGUUUGGAGUUCAAGGGAUUUUAUCCGGGGCCUCCCUGUUAAUCUACCCGUUCCUUGCCGUGGACGCCAUAGCUAACACUUCUGAGGAACAGAAAAACCCUCUGCGGAAUUCCCCGGCCUUGUUCACGAUCGUCGUGUCGCUGACCGUCAUAUCCACGGUGGCGGUUAGCGUGGCCCUCACCCUAAUGUCACCCUCCCAUUCUUUCUCGGACAUAGCUGGAGUAUCCGUUAUAUUUGAAAACCGCAACAUACAAGGUGCGCGCUACGUUUUCGGCGUCGGAGCUCUGAUUUUUCUGUUUGCGACAACAACUUCUUUCCACUUCACCAUUCCUCGGAUUCUAUACGCCUUGUCUAGGGAUGGAUUGCUUCCAGAGUGCGUCGGAGAUUUGACAUCAAAAGACCGUAUCCCUGUGAAAGCGUUUCUACUUUCAUUUUGUUUGUCGUCCAUUCUUAUUCUCUCUUGCAAAAUGAGCAUACUGCUAUCUAUGCUAGGCACGGGCACCUUGCUGACGUUUUUCCUAGUGUCCCUGUGUGUUUUAAGUUUACGGUACCAACAGUGCAAUGUCGGAAUGGUGCAUGAAUACGAAGAUCCCAACGAGGAAGAGUGCAUCACGGAGUUUUCUUACCCGUCUUACGUCAACAAACAAUUUCACGCUGAUCAAGAUGAUGUUCUUUCUUAUAAAAAUUCUCAAAGGAUAAAAAAACCGAGAGACAGUACAUACAAGAAAAUGAACAGCUUAGUAAGCAUGACUUCCAUAGGGAGUGAGAGUACUUUGUUUCCAAUGAGCCUGUCGGACGGUUUGGAACCGUCACCCACGUCGUGGCUGAUAUCUGUGCUGUGUAUUGUUAUCUAUGUUAUUUCCUCCACCGUAGUGUCUCUCUUGGUAAUCUUUGGAUGGAAAUUCAUUUACAUGGGGUCGUGGUGGUCCAUAUUUCUGCUUCUUGUGAUUCUCGGCACAAUGAUGGUGUCCGCUUUUAUUUUAUGCAAACAACCACAAAAUAAAAGUAAAUUGUUGUAUAAAACUCCAGGCGUGCCAAUAUUGCCGUUGCUUUCAUUAACUCUCAACAUUUUCCUGCUGACGUCACUGCCUUCCAAUGCCUUUGUGCGAUUUAUAAUCUGGCUCCUUAUAGGAGCCAUGCUUUAUUUUUCAUACGCUGUCUUUAAAAGCAAGGAGAGGGUAUCUGAUGAUCAAGAGGUCGUUCUAUAUGAAGUUCGAGAGAGUGGAUGAAACAAUAAAAUACAGUGCGAGUGACGUGAACCGGAAGUGCUCCUGGUUGCAAUUUGUGAAGUGGAUGAUGUGAUUAAAGAUUACGAAUUACAGGAGACAGAGUUUAUCGCUAUGUUUCAAAAUCAAUUUUGUAUAUGAAGCCGUGACAUUUGUGACAACUAACUAUCAAUACUUGUGUUAAAUUGUGUUUGUUUGUGAUUCGUGGUUGUUAUAAUCAUAUGUUGAUACAAAAUGUAUCAUAAUAUUGUAUUUGUACUGAAUAAGCUAUCCAGUGUACAUAUGGAAUCGACAUGUAGGUUAUUGUAUACAAAAUAAUUCACCAAUUUGAAAUGUUCGAUCGUAUGGAUAAAAAAAAUAAUGUGAUUGGUUUCAAAACAAAUUCAGCGCUUGCUUUAUUUACUAGUAUUCUUGCAGAAAACAAUCAUGUUUAAUCAAUACAUAUUUAUUCCAAAAAGAAUUACUGGUAUUUUAUGCAAAACGAAUAAACCAACCACAUGUAUUGAAUAUAUCAGUGCCGGAGAAAAUAUUAUAAAAAAAAUUCUUAAAACUUUCCUAUUAUUUGAGAUUUGCAAUAUGUUUUUGAGCUGUAAUGCAAACAUAGCGCAAUGAUUUUUGUAUGAUUUGUACGAAGAGGGGGUUCUUUGUGCGGUGAAUCAAUAGUUCAUGUUUAUUAAAAGACAAUCGUAUGAAUGUACAUAUAUCCGGUAAUAAAAUACACACCAUAGAAUUAUUUGUUUUAAUUCAACGCUUUAUAAAUUGAUCGUGACUAUGAUAUUGGGGAGUAAAUUUAUCAUGUUUUCAGGGUAAAGAGAUUUCAACAAUAAUUUACACGAGUGCUUUUCGUAAAGAUUCAAAGAAGAUACAAAGAAAGACAAGUACCAG